CCACAAUCAAAAAUACAUUCGGAGACUGACAAGCUCAAAGCUCGAACUUGUAGGGGAUGAAAUCUGGCCAGCAUAGCAUUUAAAGCUUUAGGACAAAAUGUCGACCAUGGAUAAGCUGCAAAUAUUUCCAUCGCGCGCCAAUCAGGUGGUGAUGAAGCAGCGAAUUCUUGCAGCCAAGCGUGGUAUGGGCCUCCUAAAGCGAAAACGUGAUGCGAUCGACUUGAAACUGCGGGAACUAAAGCGUCAGAUGGGCGAUAAAGAGGAAAAUGUGGACAAUAUGAUGAGAACUGCGAUCUUCUCCAUAGCCAAAGCCAAUUUACUGGGCACAGACUUUAAGCCAGUCAUUGUGGCCGGCAGUCUAAAUGGCAGGACAUUUCUGCGAAGACGCAUGCAGAAGAUUGUUGGCGUUAUAUUGAACUACUUUGAGCUGGAAGUGAGCGAACAAGAUGCCUUUCCCAAUACAGGACUCAGUUGCGGUGGUCAGCAGGUGCAAAAAGUGCGCGCCUAUUUUCUCGAAGCUCUUAAGGAGGUUGUCAUCUACGCCUCCUUGGAGUAUAUGCUGCGAAUGUUGACGAUAGCCUCACAUCAGACCAACAUGCGUGUCAAUGCUUUAGACUAUGUGGUAAUUCCCAGACUGAUCAACACGCACACGUAUAUCUGUGGUGAGCUGGAGGAAUUUGAACGAGAGGAUUUCUAUCGUCUGAAGCGAUCGCAGGCCAAACAGUUGGAGGCGAAGAUCGCAUUCACGGAACUCAUCAGGACCAAGAAUAUGACCGAUGAGGAAUUGGCCGAGUAUCUGAAACGUGGUCGUCCUGCACAUCCUGUGGCCGAUGUCCUCUUCGAUGUCGAUGAUUUUGAGUACAAAACCCUCGAAGACCGCCUGAGGGAUGCGUAUGUUCUACGUCACUCGAGGCGAAGUAAUCAGAGUAAGGAGAAAGCCAAGAUGGAUUCUAAUGUGAAGUCAUUUAUAAAAUCAGUUGCCAUUCAGAAAAAUCCACGCGCUAGCAUCGCGAGUUUCAUUUCCUUGAGCGGACGUGUGCUGAAAGAAAAAAAAACCCAGAAGAAUCCUCCAGUUCUAGUGAACUGAGCUCUUAUAAGUGAGCUUAUGUAUAAGUGAUGAAGUAAAUUAAAAGUGAUAUCAAUGA